AUGAAAAUCAAGACCCUCUCGCGGUCUGCUGCCUCGCAGCAAGCGCCAGGUUCGAGCGUUGCAAGAUUGCAAAGAAACCUGGACCCAGCACAGCAUCCGUUUGAGCGAGCACGAGAAUAUACGAGAGCCUUGACUGCAACCAAAAUGGACCGCAUGUUUGCUGCACCGUUUAUCGGUCAGCUGGACAGGGGACAUAUUGACGGCGUAUAUACCAUGGCUAAAGACCCAGGUUCUUUGGAGCGUUUCGCAAGUGGUUCGGGCGAUGGAGUCGUCAAAGUGUGGGAUAUGGAGACAAAAAACGAAGUAUGGAACACACAAGCGCAUGAAAAUAUCGUCAAGGGUCUUUGCUGGACUCCAGAUCGCAAACUUCUUUCCUGCGCUAGCGACAAGACCGUCAAACUUUUUGAUCCAUAUAAUUCUUCGCCAGAGGCACCACCAUUAGCGACUUUCCUUGGCCAAACACCAUUCACCAGCGUCUCACAUCAUCGCAAUGAAUCUGCGUUUGCUGCGGCGUCGUCUGUCAUAUCCAUUUACGAUCUGUCCAGGCCUUCUGCAAAUGCAUCUCAAACUCUCCACUGGCCAACUAGUACCGAUACCAUCACAUCCGUUGCAUUCAACCAGACAGAAACUUCAAUUCUUGGAUCGACAGCAAAUGACCGCUCUGUUGUCGUAUAUGAUCUGCGAACAUCAACGCCAGUUGCUAAAGUUAUCCUUACUCUUGCGUCCAAUGCCAUUUCUUGGAAUCCUAUGGAAGCUUUCAACUUCGCUGUUGCUAACGAAGAUCAUAAUGCGUACAUGUUUGACAUGCGAAAGAUGGAUCGUGCCUUGAAUAUCUACAAAGACCAUGUUGCCGCCGUUAUGGAUGUUGAAUUCAGUCCAACUGGCGAAGAAUUGGUUACAGCAUCCUAUGACCGCACAAUACGAUUGUUCAACAGAAAUCGGGGUCGCUCGAGAGAUGUAUACCAUACACAGCGAAUGCAGAGAGUUUUCUCGGCCAUGUUCACUCCCGAUAACAACUACGUCUUGUCUGGAUCCGACGAUGGAAACAUCCGUAUAUGGCGCACCAACGCAUCAUCACGAGCCAGCAUUAAGAGCGCCAAACAGCGUCAGCAACUCGAAUACGAUCAGGCGCUUAUUCGCCGGUAUUCUCACAUGCCGGAGAUUCGCAGGAUUAAGAAUUACCGCCAUGUACCCAAGGCCAUCAAGAAGGCAGGAGAGAUCAAGAAGGAGGAGCUUGCGGCUAUCAAACGAAGGGUGGAUAAUGUUCGGAAACACACCAAGAAAGGCAGUAUGCCUCCGCGAUCUGAGCGAGAGAAGGUGGUUCUGGCGACUGAACAAUAG